GUCACAGCUCUUAUUAUCGGGGUACAUGAGUUGGGCCACAUAAUUGUAGCUAAAGACACUGGAAUUAUGCUUAGGGUUCCGUACUUUGUCCCAAGUUGGCAGGUAGGUGCUAUUUGGUCCGGACUGUUUGGUUUUACCCAAAAUCAAACCAUAUAAUCUGGAUCGGGACUGGAUUUGGGACCGGAUAGCAAACAGUUCAAUCUCAUAUUCGGCUUAGAUUUGAGGUAAAAAAAUCGGGAUCGGACCGGGUCAAGACCGGACCGGAUCAAGACCAGAUUGUAUCCAAUCCAAUCUUUGGUCCUUAUAUUCUCGAAAAGACUGGACCGAAACCGGAUCGUAUAGUCGGAUGCUUAUGGUGGGAACUAUUUGCUCUCUUGUGUGCCAUUUUUUUUUCUUGCAACCAUAGUUUCUACUUCUAUCUUAAACUUCUGUAUAAAUUUCCUCAUUAAGAUAGAUCGUGGCUCCUAAUGAAGCAGGUUGAUGGGCAGAUAGGCUCCUUCGGUGCUAUCACAAGGAUAAGGAGCAUUGUCUCCAAACGUGAAGAUCUUCUCAAGGUUGCAGCUGCAGGCCCUUUAGCCGGCUUCUCCCUGGGUCUCGUUCUUCUUUUCCUGGGAUUCUUCUUACCGCCCAGUGAUGGAAUCGGUACCAUCAUGGACCCUACUGUCUUUCACAGUUGCCUCGAUCAUCCUUCUAGGCUUAUCAUCAUUGUUUAAUGGCAUUGCCUUCUUCUGGGCCGUUCUGAUAUUCUUCCUGCAAAGAGGUCCGACUGGUUGCCCCAAUCUUAGAGUCAGAAGAGAUCACGGAUCCUAACGACAAAUACAUUUACCUUGGAGUGCUAGUUCUGGUGCUGGAACUAGCGGACUGCCAGUAUGCUUGCCAUACCCAAUCCCUUUUAGAGACGAAGCCACUACGAGUUUUUUAUGAGUGGUUAGUGACAUUGUUACCAAUGAUGAACUUUUAAACAUAAUGUUAUGUCAUAAUAAUGUAUAAAACUUCAUACAUUACAAUAACGUUAACAUACCCAUACCAUAUGUAAUUAAUUAUGCAUGCAAAUAUGCAAAAACAUAAGCAAAACACGUAUGUAAUUAUUGAUAUUGCUAAUCCUACCAAAAGAAAAUGACUCUAGCUAGUGAUAAUUAUUGGUUUGUUGGCUCAUGUAUAUCUCUAUUUGUGUUUAUAUUUUUUUGUAGUUAUUUUGAAUGAGACAUUACGAUCAAACCAGUUCUAAUAUCAUGUUAUAAAUAAGUUGAUUUCAAUAAUUCAAAUUGUUAAAAGAGGUCUGUAUUAAUUUAUACCACUUGCCACGAUGAGCGGAGCUCCCAAAGUGAGAGCCAUGGAGUUUAUCGACACCCUCGGGACGAAGAAGCGUGGGCCCUAUAAUUACUAUAUUUAUCUCUAGUAAUUAUCUUUAAUCUUUAUCUUUAUCUUUAAAGGGAAUCGGUAAUGGCAAGCAAAAAAUUCCUAUCUUUAUCUUUAAUCUUUAAAAUAUCUUAAAACAGUUUAAGAAUGCGAACCCUCCACGUUAGCCAUAAAUGCUUUACCGUGAUUUAUGGAAAUCAGACUUUUUAUUUUAUUUUAUAUUUUUCACGUCUUUGUUAAUUUGUUUUUUUCCUUUUCGUUCAGCCAGGACAAGUGUCCAUGAUUUUCAGAAUCCCAUGCUGUUCUUUUGGGUCCUAAACAUGGACACGCAAGACGCAGAACCUUGGGUGCGGGUUCUUCCCGCUGAUGUGACGGAUUGCGAUUGGGUUACUCAUCAUAGAGUUAUGCACAGGAACUACUCCCUCAAUUGGAAUUCUUUUCUGGAUAUUCGGGGGAGGGGGUGGCCGAUUUCAGAAUAGUAAAUUUAUGUACUGCACCUUGAUUGGUCUAGUGCUGAUGACACUAUCCAUCGUGGCGAUUUCUCUUUUUGCCAAACUCUUACCAAUUUUGAUGUGGUCUUUGUAUUUCUUAGGUAUGGCGUGGGAAAAAGAAAUUUGGUGAUAUUCUGGGUUGUUUAGUGGAUUGAUCUGGGAAUGGCUCCUGAUACGGUGCAUAAUCAAUCAGUAACUAAAUCUGAAUCCUUCAUUCAGAAAAAUCAGAUCUAAGGGUGAUGAAUUAAAGACAUUUUUAUUUACCCUUGUUUUCUUAAUUGGCUCAUAUCUUCUUCGUUUUAACUCGGAUUUCUUUUUUUUUUUUUUCACAGAUGGAACGAGUUCGUUGUGCUCUACAAACUGAGAUCCAUUUUCAAUAUUUUUUUUAGAAAAAAAAUUCUUGCUUCUCAUUACCAACUGCAUAGUGCAUACCAUAUGGUAUCUUCUUCUUUUUAAGUCGGUUUUUAAAAAUUUUGCACAGAAGGAAUGAGUUCAUCAUGAUCUAUUGGAUCUAAAAUUUUUUGAUUGAACAUAAUACUGGACCAAAAAAUAUCACACAAUACCAUCCUGGUACGUGGUGGUAUUAUAUCUUGUGGUACACAAUGUUGAAAGUCGUAAAUGACAGUUAUUAUACUCCUACUACCAUGUAUUCAACCAUCCUACAAUCUUGGUAUGUUAAUACCACCAUGGUACGCUUUUCAUACCAUAUGAUAUGUUCUUAUUUCAAUACUAGUCAAUACCAUAUGGUAUAGACUGGUAAAAAAUGAAUCAAUAUUUUUUGUUCCAAAAAUAUAUCAAAGUGGAUAUCAUUUUGAAUAGCACAGUUAAUUUGAUCUAACUGUGCAAAAAAAAAAAAAAUUAAAUUCCAACUUAAAACGAGUGAGAAAUCAUCCGUUAAAGAUUAGGGAGGAAAAAAUAAAGGAGCGUCGUGGCGGAUUCUAAUUGGGUUAUGUAUAGUUAUUGACCACAAAGUUAUACACUUGAUCCACUUCAUCUGCGAUUAGAAUAGUGGUUUCAUAGCUUAGCUUGAUUCCAAUUUUGUAUUCAACUGUUCAUAGGGUUCUAGAUGGAUGAGGUUUUUCCAAUAAUAGCACCUUUUUAAAAAAAAAUUACAAAACUAGCACCCAGCCGGACAAAAUUACACUAAUAGCACCAUUUUUAAUAGACCGCACCUCUAAGGUGCGGUCCAAUCCACGUCAGCAAACACACCGAACCUUCCGAGAGCGGUUUGUGUUUUCUGGGCAGCGGGGUCGGAGACCGUCGGAUGGGGCUGCGAUCCAAGGGCAGACCGCUUGCCAGGUCAGCGAUCCGGGCCACGGAUCGAAGACCACAGCGUCGAGGUGCGGUCAAGCUUAGGGAAGAGCAAACCGUCUCGGCAAGGCGCGGUUUUGGCUUGGGCAAAAUUACCCGACCGCCCCUGGAGGGUGCGGUCUGUUGGGUAUAAAUACCCCCCUUCCCCUCUCAUUUCUUCACACCACAACUCAUUCUUCCUUCUCUCUCUAGAAUUUAUCUCUCUAAACCCUCCCCUCCCCUCCCAAAAGCCUAGGAAAUAGUGGUCUGUUGGUUGCGGCUAAGUCCGAUCUGCCAUCAGAAAACAUUUCUUAUAUUUUUUCCUCAAAACCCGCCGAGCCGAGCCGAAUCUCUGUCCGAAUUUUCCGAAAAAAUGGCCGAUUGGUGGCAAGGAGAGGGAGUUUAUGUUGAUGAAUUUCAAGCGGUACGUACUCAUUAUUCUGGUUUAAUUUUUGUUGUUGUUAUAAGCUUUUUAAUUAAUCUAUGUACUAACCUCGUUGUUAUUUUCUCGUAGGUUGGGGAGAACAUGGAUAUAUACAACCAACGGUAUUAUCUCGAGCAAGGACCGUUGGAUCCAACCGACUUGUACGACCAACCCAACCAUCGGUCAAGGGAUGUUUGGAACAAUCACCCGUUACAUACAAUUCUUCACCAUUUGUCCUUCUUUUAUUUUGUUAAUAUAUUUAGUGGAAUAUAAAAUAAAUUUAUGUUGAAUUUUUAAUCGUGUUGGUUGUUUUCAAUAAUUUAAUCGAAUACAUAGCGCCACUUACUUCGACUCUUUAUAAAGAGAUGCACGUCUAAGGAAAUGGGAUUUUAAGCGAUUAUCAUAUCCUCCCAUUCCCUGGGAAAAUCGGGUAUUAAGAGAUCCUCGGAUCCCCCAUUUUUCUCUCAAAAAGACUGCAUUUCUAAGAAGAUGUAUACCUCUUUUAAGAGUCUAACGAGUGUUGCUCUGUAUUCGAUUAAAUUAUUUAAAACAACCAAUACGAUUAAAUUAUUUACCAAAUAACCAGUACGAUUUAUUUUUUUGUGUACAAAAUGAAUUUUAUUAAUUUCA